GGUAGUCUGCUUUCAUAAUGGCAUCCUGCAAACAAAAUGAAGAUGAAAUGGAUGAAUUUAUUUGCCCCUUUUGUCAUGAGCUGUUAAGUGUUCCAGUGAUCCUGGAGUGUGGACAUAUCUUCUGCAGAACUUGCAUUGAUGGAAUCUGGGACAUUUGGAGACGAUAUUACUGCCCUAAAUGCAAGCAGGAGUUUAGGGCCAGAAAAUAUAAUGUGAGCCAGCCGCUAGCAAAUGCAAUUCAACGGUUACAUGUGCAUGAUCAGCAAGCAGAAAGACCAAAUCCUGGGCAGACAGAAAGUAACCAGUUUUGUACAGCACAUGGCAAACCGUUUGAGUUAUUCUGUGGAAAUGAUGAAACUUUGGCUUGCUCAUUGUGUGUUACAAGACACCGUGGCCACAACUUGUUGACUGUGCAGGAAGCAGUCAGUCUGUAUAAGGUUUGGACUGAGGAAAAAAGAUUUACAAGGACUGUUCUGUUAUGCCAGAACCAGCUAUCCCCUGAAACUGAUAAGUUGAUGUCUGCUACAGUCACACUAGAAUCAAAGGUAAGAGUUCUUAGAGGAUGCCAAAACAUGCAAGAAGAGAAGAUUUCUGUUAUCCAGGCUAAAUCACAGAGUUUGGAGCACUAUAUUUCAUCAGAAUUUGCCAAAUUGCACACGUUCCUUCAGGACAAGGAGAGUCAACUGAUCCAACAGCUCAAUGGAGAAACAGCAGGAAUUCUGGGAAAAAUGGAAGAAAAACUAAAUGAAGUUAAAGAACUGGCAGAAGCUAUUCAGAGACAAGGCAUCAAGGAUGAAACAGAGAGGAUAAAACAAAGAAAGGAAGAAAAUGUUGAUAAUACAUUGGUUUCUGGUGAUCUGGGUCUAGGGGAAUACAAAGGACCCCUGCGUUACCGAGUUUGGAAGGAAAUGGCAUCCAUCCUUGACACUGAUCUGCCUCAUCUAACCCUAGACCCUAAAACAGCACACCCUGAUCUCAUCCUGUCUGAGGACCUGACCAGCGUGAGGUGUGGUGAUAAGUGCCAGAGACUUCCAAACAAUCCUGAGAGGUUUGAUCGCUGUAUCUUUGUGCUGGGAUCAGAGGGAUUCACAUCAGGGAGACAUUACUGGGAGGUGGGGGUCAAGAACAAGACCGAAUGGGCUAUGGGUGUUGCCAAGGAGUCCAUCAACAGGAAGGGUGUUAUCAGUGUGAGACCUGAACAUGGAUACUUGGCUCUAUGGCUCAAGAACGGGAGUGAGUGUGAGGCACUGGAAUCACCACCCAAGGCUUUUAAGAUAACUGAAAACACGCAGAGGACUGGUGUUUACCUGGACUAUGAGGGGGGACAGGUGUCAUUUUAUAAUGCUGAUAGCAUGUCACACCUGUAUACUUUCAGUGAUGCUUUCAGAGAGAAACUCUACCCUUACUUCAACCCUUAUUUUAAUAAGUCUGGUAGAAAUGCUGAGCCUAUAAAUCUGAUUCAUAUUAAACUUUAAUGUGAACUUGCAUGUUUCAAGAGUAACUGACAUGGAAAUUGCUACUGUAUAUAAAUGCCUGAGUAAUAUGUGUCAAACAUUGUAUGCAAAGUAAAAAUAAUUCUCAAUACAACUCUGAUUAAAUGAUAAUAUACAUAUAUUAAAAGUUCAAGCAGUAAGAUACAUCAGUAGGUAAUUUAAACGGAUAAAUUAAGUGGGUUAUACUAAAUAAAUGUUAUAACUGUUGCAUUAUGGUUACAUAAAUCCUAAUGGCAAAUAAUUUACAUUAUGUCUUGAACUGUAACUAUGAACAUUAAAUAAAUGCAAGCUUAGAUAUAAAAUCAGUUGUUUAACAGUCACAUGACAAAACAUUUGGAUGGUAAACACAGGAAAUAAAUUAAAAAUGACACAAGGCGUGUACAGAAAUAAUUUGCUGUUCGGUAUACCUUCAUGUUGUUAGAAAGAUUCACGUCUAGUAUUCUGCAGAGAUGUCAUCAGCAGCAGCAUUUUCAGUGUUGUUUUACAUAGUGUCAGGGCACUGUGACAACUGUUGCCAGCUGUCUUGUUUCAGUGUUACUUUCCUACCCUCUUGAACAGGAAAGCCUGCUUUUGUUGUAGAUCUUCUCUCAUGCAGUCCAUUCAUCUAUCCAUCCCUUGGCUGGAAGCCCUCUUUCCUUCUUCCUUUCUAUCACAUAUCUUCCUUAUCAAAUCAUCUUCUGCUUUCUUGCACAUGCCUGAUCCAUUGUAAUCUGUUCUUCUUGACUUUUGCUACCGUUCGUGAUAUUUUGCCUUCUGCUUUGAUGUCCUCAUUUCUUCAUCUUUACACAGUGUACGUCUUACCACCCAUGUCAGGCACUUCAACAUUUUCAACUCUGGCUUCCUCAACUGCUCUUCUACCACUAUUGUUCAGAUUUAUUUGCCAUUCAGAAGUACUGAUCUCACCACUGUUUCAUAUUCCUCAGAUUUCAGAUUCUUGUUAUUCUUCUUUCAUACACUACCCUGGACAGUCUUUAUCAGUUGGCUGCAGCACCUCUGAUUCUAGCUUUAACCUCCUCAUUCAGACAUCCCUUCGUUUCAAACACCCAUCACAGGUACUUAAAGCUGUUAAUCAUUUCUUCUGUAUAUCAGUCUUCAAAUUCCCCUUUAGCUGCUGGUACAAUUGUCUUGCCUGCAUUCAGCUUCACUCCAUGUGCCUUCAGCUUUGCAUUCCUAUCCACUUUCAUAUGCUGAAGUUCCUGUUCAGAGACUGCUUGUAGUGCCACAUUGUAUACAGCAGAUUUAUUGAUAUGCUUCAUCUGAUUUGUUUAGUAGUCUAGUGUGGUGUACCAUGUAUAUGAACAGCAGUGGGCUCAGAACUGAAACUUUGUGCACACCUACUCCCACUGAGAACCCCUCUAUGAGUCCAAACUUUGUUCAAAUGAUGGCACUGGGUCCUUGUGCAAAGAUUGGAUUAGUUCUGCCAGUAUUUCUGGGACUUCACACCAUUCCAGGACUGCCCAUAUCAGUUUUCUUUGGACAUUACCAGAUGUUUUCUCUAAGUCUAGGAAUGCCCAUUUGGAGUCUUUCCUUAACUUUAGCUUUUUCUUUACUAUUUCUCUCAUUGCAAACAUCAGAUCAGUUGUGUUGCAUCCUCAUCUGAAGCCUAACUGGUCAGCUUCCAAAUCACUUUCUACUUCUCUACAUAUUCAUUUGUCAGUCAUCCUCUGCAGCACCUUUAUUGCACUUUAAUAGGAGUUUACUACCUACAGUUGUGAAUGACCCUCCCUUGUUCUUGUCCAGGCAUCGGGGAUACACUUCUCACUCCAUAUCAGAAUGAAUAGCAUCAGGAGCCAUUUCUUCCCCAACUCCAUCAGUAUCUUCAUCAUAUCUGCCGUAACCUCAUAUAUGCCUGCUGUUUUCUCUGACUUCAUUUUCCUUGGUAUUGUUCGCUUCCUCCCUCACUGUAGGUAGUGUAUGGGGCAAUACAGCUUCUUUGUGAGUUUCCUAUAUCUUCAUAGGUAAGUAACAGGCUAGCUGCCAUUGUUGGCCAUUUUAAGCCUAACCAACUUUCCUUUUUGUGCUCAAAAUAACCUGUCCUUUUUGAUAUAAAUUGUCCUUACCCAUCCCAUGUUCAAUAAAUAUAUACUAGCCCUAAUGAGAAUAAUUGGUAUCAUACCAUAAAUAACUUUAGGGGAGCCACACGUUAGAUAAAGCAUUUAAGAGCUACCUCUGUCCAUUAGUAGUGCAGGGGGCAGUCCUAUGAUAAAUUUUCUGUUUCCCAUCCAUAGAUCUAAGUUGCACUUGAAUAGAGACAGGGAUGAACUUUGCUUUAUGUGGGUAAGGAGUCUGUUCCACAGCAACAUUAUCCUCUGCGAGAAAUACCUAUCACUUCAAACUGUUCUGUUGAUGUUGCAGAAGAGGUAGAGAUCCCUAC